CCUGAUCACCCAUAAGCCCAAACCUAUUCCCGUGUGAACCAACUAUCACGAUCUUUUUCUUCAUGCAUCCUCUCUAGGGUUUUUGUUUUGAAAUUCCUAUAUAUAUGCAAAUUAUUACCUCUCCUGGGUGAAGAAACUUCAAGUCGCAUCUUUAAGUGAAACACUACCACAUGCUGCUCAGCCCACAUGAAGCCUCUAGCCACCCCAACUCAUCGAGAACCACCGAUUUAACUACUACCCUCCACAUCUAUGAAGAACCUAUAGCCACGGUAACAAAUAGCAACUACCCCACGUGAUGUCCAAUAGCUCGAGUCUCCUCCCUUCACCACCAAGGACCCACCAGGGCUCUGAUGCUGCCUAGCUUCACGGAAGGCAACCACCCUGUCUCCAUCUUGCAACAGUUUAAACCUCUGGCCAGACCUCUCAACCUCGCAGAGGACCCUUUGUUUUACUUGCCAAACAUAGAACAACUUUCUUUUUCUGUUUGCCACUCGCUCACCGCAACCCAGCCAAGCGAUGUCACCUUCAACCUCCAUCUCGACCACUGCUGCGUGCAUCCUUCUCCUUGGUGAGCAACUGACCGAACCUCUCUCCCUCACACUCUCCAUCUCUCUUUCUCUCACUGUAUCUCUCUCCGUUCACUCCCACUCUGUCUCGCAUCAAAUCUCUAUGUUUUCAGCCACCCUGGUCAAGGCUGUCGCACGCCACUCUCAACCCAGCUCAAUUGCACAGUGCUCCUCUCCCCUGCACGAUGUCCUUUGUUUGGGUAAAUUGAUGCAAGUUCUUCUUCCUUGUAAGCUUAUGCCACCGCUUGUGAUCUUUUCUGCGAAGCCCUGCAUUGUGUUUCUUCCAGCCUUCAUCCCGUUGGCGUCUGUUGGUAUGAUUUUUUACGGAAAACAGAGCAUGUAACAUUGCUUCCAUGUUCAUACCAUUUGGUAAUCUUGUUCCAAAAUUUUUUCUUUUACUUUCUUGCUUGUUUUGCAUUUUGUUUUUACUUUUUGAAUGUAUUCGAUCC